CAAACAGCAGCCGCCACAUUAUCCUGCUGCCGCUACAAUAGAACCUAGUCAUGAUGUUGUGGAAAAAGAAAAUUUCUAUGGAGAAAAGCAGCAACAAAAGAAACAACAGCGCGUUUUAGCGGAAAAAAGCGAUUCUUCUUUGGUUCAGAAGUGUGAAGAAAAUGAAUACACGCUGGAUACUACGCCAAUGUCAGUAUCUGAGAUCUUAUCACCUAUGUCCGUAGACCGUUCUGUCAUAAAUUCUCAAUUAUUUACGGACGAUAGUAAUUCUGGAGAGAUUGCUGAUAUAUCUGAGGCAUCAUCUAAUAAGAAAUUACAAUUACCUCGUAAUGAUCGUCAACGUUUCUUUGAAGUAGUAGAAUAUCAACGUGAUAUAUUGGAAUAUUUCCGUGAAAGCGAAAAAAAGCAUCGCCCCAAACCUCAUUAUAUGCGCCGCCAAACAGAUAUCAAUUAUUCAAUGCGUGCUAUAUUGGUCGACUGGCUUGUCGAGGUUUCCGAAGAGUACAAUUUAGAUACAGAGACACUGUACUUAUCGGUAUCCUAUAUUGAUCGAUUCCUUAGUCACAUGUCGGUAGUGCGUAACAAAUUGCAAUUGGUUGGAACGGCUGCAAUGUACAUUGCUUCCAAAUAUGAGGAAAUCUAUCCACCGGAUGUAUCGGAAUUUGUUUUUAUUACCGAUGAUACUUACAAUAAGGCACAGGUGUUGCGCAUGGAACAAAUAAUAUUAAAGAUUUUAGCUUUCGAUUUGUGCACACCCACAGCCUAUGUGUUCACGAGCACCUAUUCAGUGCUAAUCGACAUACCGGAUAAAGUGAAGUAUUUAACGCUGUAUAUUUGUGAAUUAUCCUUGCUCGAGGCUGAUCCUUAUUUGCGCUUUUAUCCAUCGAUGAUUUCCGCAGCUGCAUUGGCUUUGGCUCGUUUCGUUUGCGAUAUAAACAUUUGGUCAACCGAACUGGAAGAAAUUACUACCUAUCGUUUGGAGGAUUUAAAAGAAGUUUUAUUGUGUCUAUGCAAAUCACAUAACGCUGCCAUCACACUAGCCCAACAAGCCAUACCAGAAAAAUACAAAUCAGAAAAACUCCUUGCGGUGUCGGCGAUUAAACCGGUCGAUAUAAAUGAGCAACAAUACGAUGUUAUCUUGAAAAAUUACAAUGAAAUGCUAGAAAAUGCCAAGCGGAGUAAAGAGCUCAUUUCUACACCGUUAGCAACAGCAACAGUAAUGACAUCAACAGCGUUAACGUCCCCUAAA